AUGUAUGUUUGCCAGACCAUAGCUUUCCUCAGCAGCCUGGUCAUUAUGUCCACCUGGACAGCUUCAGCUCUUAUGUUUCCCUACAAUAUUCGUUUGAGGGAGUCCAAAGAUGAAUUUGAAUCUUCAGGUGCUGAGGUUGACCAAGCUAUCCAGGGAGUAGUGAAGGUUGUCCAGCUGGACCCUCGUAACCUAGUGAAUUCGGGGUUCUUCAGGAGAGGCUUUGCUCACAGAGGAACUCCUUCCCAUGCUUCCAGAUCGCCCUUCCCUGCCUUUCUGUCUCGGGGGCGUCCUGGUCCUGCCAAAGCCCCCAAGGAAGCUGUAAGUCCACUACACCAACUGCGUCCUAAAAGGCCUUUGGAGACAGAUCUGAAGAAGAAACAAGGACUGCAGAUGUGGCAGAGGGUCAUGAAUAAAGGAGGAAAGGUGUCGCUACCUGUUAACCUGAAGGAUCCGAAGCAGACCUGCACUGCGGUGCCUUUCACUCAGCAUGUGACGGCAGAUGGUUGCCAAACAGUGACAGUUCACAACAAGCUGUGCUUCGGCCAGUGCAGCUCCCUCUUUGUCCCAUCCGAGGGGGAGUUUGCUGAUCUGAGCCCCGGUACGGGGGCCUUCCGCCGACGGGCCCCCUGCUCCCGCUGUGCCCCUUUCAAAGCUCAGACUGUCACUGUGCCUCUGCGCUGCGGAGCCAAAGUCCGGGAGAAGAGAGUGCUGCUGGUGGAGGAGUGCAAAUGUGAAACGGGCCGGGAAGAGAGAAGCACUGAAGCUGCUGCUAACACUCACCUGUAA